AAACACAAUCAUGUUGUGUUAUAAAAAAAAAGAUAUCCAAUUUGCUGUAGGUUAUAGGCCUACAGUUUGAAACAUUUCACUAUCUGAACUUACUCCAGAUUAAUAUUAAUGCUGUGUUGUGCCCAAAGGUCAGCGCAGUGCUCCACACAAGGCAAAAGUAGGAAAACCGCGGGUCCUGCUCAACUAAAUGCCUACAAGUCCUCUUUGAAACGAGGCCACAAAGACUGUGUGACCAUCGAAGAUGUCAAACAGGUGGCACUCAAUCUGCUACAGGAGGAUGAUGCUCUCACCAUUCCACUGUGCUUCCUAACUGUGAUGAAGAGCAGAGAACUAGAUGAGUUCCUGGCUGCUUUGCUGCUCUACCUGUACUGUUAUUUUGAGAAGAAAAUCCUGGACCAGAAACCAAAGCCCCUUAUGGCGGAACAGAGCAUCACGGAGAAGCAGGUCAUGGCGGAAGCCUCGGCCAGGGUGCAGCUGGCUCAGAAGCAGCUGGCCUACUGCUACUCCAGCCUGGUGCUGGGUCUGGGCCUCUCCCAGGAGCACCACAUGGCCUGUGGCAGGAACCGAGUGUCGUCGACCUACAGGGACCGGCAGCUGUACGAGUGUCUGUACAGCUUCUUCUGCUACGUGGCGUGGGUGACGUUCGGCCGGAGGGACCUAAGAGGGAUCCAGCAGGAGGUGGGCCGCCUGCUGCGUUCGGACACCUUCAACCCUGCCCGGAGGACCAGGCAGGAGGACCCAGGGGAAUCCCGUGACCACGACUCCCUCUCUUCCCCCAACUUGUCCGGCCCAACUGCCAAGGAGGGCCAGGCCAAAGACCAAGGACAUCCCAGCCCUGCCCUUGAACAACGGAAGUCCCGGCGGCGGCCAGCCCUGAGCAGCAUGAUGACCCAGCGUUCCCCGGUCUUGGUGUCCUUGCUGCCCUUGCCACGGGAGGAGGCGCCCCACCUGUUUGUCCGCAGUCGGCUCCACGAUCAGCAGAGCGACACGCCAUGCGACACGGAGGCCCUGCUGAAGCAGCUCAACCAGAAGCUGGCCGACAUCAGCUUUGGCAUCCUUGGGAAGCCCUUGAGCCAGUUCAGCUGCACCACACUGAUGCCCCAGGGGGCCAACACAGAAGACGAGGAGGAUGAUGAAGAUGAUGAUGAAGAGGGGAGCGUCCACGUUGGGAGCAGCAAGACCUCCUCCGUGCCCAAGAGAGCCGCGUCGGCUGCCGUGGACAAGCGUGCCAGUGCCAGCCGUGCCAACACGGGGGUCUCCCGUGCCACCACGGAGGGCGUGUCCUCAGACACAGAGUAAUCCUGUGUCUGUUUGUCUGUGUGUGUGUGUGUGUGCAUGUGUUUGAGAGUUUGCAUGCGUGUGGAGUAUGUAUGUGUGUGUAUGUGUUUCUGUGUCGUUCUUUGAAAGUUGGUGUGUGUGUGUGUGUGUGUUUGUGUGUUUCUGGGAUCUGGGAUCUGAGCUCAGCCCAUGCUGACAUAGCUUAGGGCCAUAACACAUUUAUCAUAUAUUCAUAUGAUACAUGUUGCGUUUGAAAAACACAUGCUCAUGGACAUCUUGCUGUGUUUUUGUUUGCAUCACUUCAAAGACAUUAUCCUCAGGGCGAUCGUAUUAAAAAGCAGUGAGAUAUCUUCAGUACGCUGUGUCGUCUGUUACUGGUGCAUUCUGUUGUACAUUUUCUAAAUUUUCGUUUUGUUCAUUAUGUUUAAAUGUUCACUGUAUGCACCUGCACACCAAAGUAAAUUCCUUGUUUGUGACCACUUACUUGGCAAUUAAACACAAUUCU